UUUGUUAGACAUGCGUGGAAGCACAGCGGGAUUUAGUGGCAAUUUUCCGAGCACAUUGCACACUGAUUCCACGCUCUUACAAUGUGUAGAUGUGUUGUUCGCCAGCGUGGUGGUGACGCCCGCUACGCUGGCGUACUGGUGGUCUACAUGGAACCUCAUAGAUUUGUACGUUUAUCCAGAUGAUAUGUUGACGAGUGCCUUUGUGAGCGCCGUGUUCGGGAUGUGCUGCAGCGUUGUUUUGUGCAUGUGCCAGUUCCAACUGAAAGGAUACAUCAGCCCGGAUAAAGGGAGAGUGAAAUACUUUGUGCUUUCAAGGAUAUACUCGUGUGUUGCUGGAGUGACUUGCGUUGCUGCAAUUAGGGGCGUAUGGGACCUCAUGGACGAGGGCGGUGAAAGCCUAACCGCGCUCUCGUGGUCCACUGCGGCGUCGAUACUGUCUUUGGCAGCGUUACGGACCUUGAAAAACAUUUGUGCAAUACCUUUUGUGUUGGUGAUAGACUCGCCUCGUGAUCACUUUGACGUGCCCACUUUUUUUAAAACGACCACCGGCGAUACUUUAUUGUACUUCUUGGACUGUGUGUUCUCCGUGCUGGUAGUGGGAACCCUGGUGAUUGGAGUCUGGAGAGGGUUAUGGGGGCUAGCUGAGGCGCUCUUCUACCCACAAGACUAUGUGAUGUCUUGCUGCAUUUCUGUAGUGGUAGGCUACGGGCUGGCGAUAGCAACGUUCGCGCUGCAAGAGCCCAUGCGGUGGUUAACAGCAAAGUUGCAUGGUGCUCCUCGAUUACUCCUCGCAGAUGUUUACAACCUGGUCUCGUUUAUCGCCACAGUCAAUAUCUGGCGAGGAAUGUGGGGACUGAUGGAUGAAUACUGUUUCCCAGAGUCACCAUACAUCAUCAGUUGGUGUUCUCACGUCCUAAGUAUUCUAGUUCUUGUUGGGCUUAAUUGCUUCAAUACAGUACUUGUAAGAGGCGUCUACUUCGACGACGAGGAGCCAGCGGACGAAACUGUCGUUUUCCCCUGCCAUUACUUCAGGAUAUAUUACCACAGAAGAAAGAUGAGAAAGAAGUUCAAACAAGCUAUUGAUGCUGAAAAAAACACACUGGCAGACUCGAACACGCCUUUGAAAUUCGACGUACAAAUCUAAUGAGAUUUGUCUAUGACAAGGCGAAGUCCCGCCAAAACGCUCCAGAGCAAGUCAACAGCAAUCCUUGAAGUGUGUUUAUCUAGUACUUCACAUGUGAUAAGUCGAUAGAAACUCGCGCAGCAGGUGCUACUGCUGAAAAACUGCAAUUAAUGAUAAGAUCUACCAAUGUAAUGUGUAGACAUUGCCCGGUCAUGAUUGAAAGGAUGUGUAAUUAAAGCGAUU